AUGUCUACACAUGAUUUGAAUGAAUCGAUUUCAAAUCAUUUAUUUCUUCCUUAUGAUCUACCAACAUCAGCAGAUGCUGAUUACUUACUUCAAAAUACACAUCGAAAUGAACAUAAACUUCUAGAAAGUUUCAAUGAAUUUUUGGGAUCAUUAACUCCAGAAAAAACUCUACCGAUCUUUUCAAUUCUUAAGAACUGUAUUCAAAAUUGGUCAAUAAUACAGAAUAUACAAAAUUGCACCAUAUCAAAUUUACAAUCGACUAUAGGAAAGUUGACAUCUGGUGAUUUUCUACCAUUAUAUUUUUAUGCUCAAAAUGCUGCCAUUUUGAUUGAAAUAGAUGAAAAUCCUCUUAACCAACCAUUAAUAUCAUCUUGGCAAGUAUUAUUACCAACAGAAACAGUGACAUCAUCUUUGCAACCAUAUAUAUCCUAUUAUCCAACACCAACGUUUCGCUUAUCGGAUUCUUCUCAAUUGACUUCUUCGGUCCAGUGUGAGUUGUUAGUCGAAUUUAUGACUAAUACCAUUGAAUAUCCUAAAUCUACGAAAUCAUCUUAUUCGUUCGAUGAAACCCGUGACGUACCAAUCGCUCAUUAUGUUUGUCAAUGGUGGAUAACACAAUUUCCAGGGAUCAAAAAUGAAAAUCUUGCAAAUACAUCAAUUCAAUUUAAGAAAAAAUAUCGUGAUCAAAUCCGCUGUAGAUACUCAUAUUCAACAUCAGCUUUUCGACGUUCAGGUUUAUGGAUGACGAUGAAAGUCGUUCUUCAAACUAUUCUUACAAAACGUUUGGGAACGAUUAGUAGUGUCGUUUAUAAGUUACUAAUUACGGAUUUUCUCAUUUAUUUCAUUCAUAUGAGACAAGCUUCGAAAGAUAAACAAAUAUCGAUUGAUUUGCUCGUUCAUUGUCUUCGAAAAAUUGUUCGAAGAUUGAAUAAAAUUGAACAUAUGUCAUUAACUACCGAUUUAAAUGAUGUGAAACAAUGGAUGAAAACUGUCACAGAAAAAAUUAAAGAGAAAAUCGAACAUAUUUUCCCACAAUUAGAUUGGCAAAAUCAUAUUUAUAUAAAUGAAAAGCAAAUCCAUCAAUUGAAUCCAAAUCAAACUGAAAUUUAUCUACAUCCUUUCGAGAAAUUAAAAGAUUAUUUAAAAAAACCUCAAUCGUUAUCAUCGUAUAGAUCAGUUUCUCACAAUUAUAAUUCUGUUCAAUUAAUCUCCACGAGUAUCAAAAACGAAGAGAAUGAAUUACCGUUCGUCACGGCUUUAAGUAAUUCGGAGAAUAAAACCAUUAGUUUUGCCUUAACACGUGUCGAAAUUUGGGUACAAAACUAUUUAGAACAAUGGAUCGAUCAUGCUUUAGUAUCAUCUGUAAAUCGAGGCAAAUGUUUUGAAGAUUUACAAAAAUUUUUCGAAGAUUAUCAACAAGUAGCUUUAGAAUAUUAUUAUUCAGAAAAUAAAUCUACAGAUCCAAUGGGUUAUAGUCGAUAUAUUCUCACGUCGUUAAGAAUAAUUCGUUUUAUUCAUAUGAAAUUAUGUCAAGAACAACGAUACGAACGAUUGAAAUCUCAUGCUAUUCAAAUUCCGAAUCUUUUGAUAUUAUUUGAAUAUUUAGUUUUACCAAAUCGAGACGAGAUGAGUCAAGCUCGAAUUCUUUACGAUUAUUUUCAGGAAUUUCAUGAAAAACAAUAUCCAGAUCUAUUAAGUAAUAUCGAUUCGAAGAAUGCAUUUGGGGUGCAUUUUGCCGAUCGAUCAGAACAAAUGACUAAAGUUUUGGCAGAAAUUCAAGCGCAAGUUGAACAGGAUAAACAUGCUAAAAGACAAGAAGUAAUCCAACAGAAAGCAAAAUAUGAUGAAUUGAUGAAACAAACAAAUGAAAUGAUCUGUGAAUGUAAAACUGAAUUUCCUUAUACAAAAUGUGAUCGAUGUAAGAUUACUCAACAAGCAAAUAGUAUCAAAGUAGAAAUUUAUGAAUGCCCAAUACCAUCAACACGUGACAGUGCAUUAGCUGUGAUCUUUGAAUUACAAAUGCCCAUGGAAAUUCGAUGUUAUCGAGAUAUACUCUGGCAAUUUAUUAAUCGUCCGAAUCCAGUACCAUCGAAUAGCAUGCAUGAAUGGUUAAAUAUUUCUCCUCAUAAUAGUAAACUACGUCCACACGACAUUGGACCAUACAAUCGUAAAGUAAAAUUAGUAUCAUCGACUAAAUCUCUAUCACAAACUCAUUAUUUUGCACCACGAUCAGUCUCAUGUACACCUUUGGAAGAUUUUUUAUUCGAGAACAGUUUACACGUACAGAUCUCUCCAACAAAACUGGUUGCAUUUCAGGAUGAAUGUCUAACAUUAACACCUCCACUUACCGAUUCAAAUUACAAACUUUUACAGUUUUCUAUUGAUAAUACACAAUUCGUACAAAAUCGUGUCAUUGCUCAAUUGUCCAAUUGUUCAUCCUCAGUUAAAUCCUCACAAUUCAUCGAAUUCGGUUCAUUCCGUUCUGGUCAUCGUUUACAGUGGUGGAAUCUUUUGAGUAUAUUAGAAUUAGAUUCUCUAUCAUUGAAUGAGACAAGUGUUGCUAUUCUUCUUACACAUUCACUUUUACAAUAUGGUCCCGUGACAACUAAUCGAGAAGAUCUUAUUUGUUACUGGUGUCCAGAAUCCUAUCAACAAUUAUUAAAUGAUGAUUUUGUCGAUGAAUUAAUCUUACGAAUAGAUCAUCGUUUAAAUGAAUGUCAAUCUAACUGGCAACAUGAAUUAGUGCUUGUAAUUCUUACAAUUAUUGUUAUGAGAAUAUUGACUAUUUGUAAUCCAACAAGAAAAACGCUAUUGAUUAAAUUGGCUUUAAAAUGUCGUAAGAUAGCUGAAAAAUGGAUCGAAUUAAUCUCGGAAAAUAUUCAUAAUCCAUCAUCGGUAGAAUUUGAUAAAGUCGAGACAUUACGUGAUAAACUUAAAGUUAUUGGUCUGGCAGGUUUAUUCACAUUUUCAUUACAUAUCGAUAAUACUGAUCAUAUGCUACUAUCGAAUCAACAUGUUAUCUGUUUACUUAAACUAGCGACAACUGUUCAAGAUAAUCUAAUAUUGAGAAAAAACCAAAUGAAUAGUAGUGUUUUCAUGAGAAAUCUAGUGCGAUUCAAUGAACGUAAUCUGAUCUUGUUACAACCACGUCUAAAUCAAUUCCUUCAAGACACUUCCUACGAAAGUUUAAAUAAAUUUACUGCUGAAUAUUGGGCAGUGAACAAAGGUAGAAGUACAACAGAUGGAAUAUGGAUCAAAUGUGAUACGGAUGCCUAUGAUGGUCGAUACAGUGCUCAAUAUGGAUCGAAUAAAAUCUCGAUUGAUUGUAUAAGAGGUAUAUUUUUAGUUGAUAAAGUAACGGUUGGUUUUUUACCGGAAAGCAUGUCGUCGGAUGCAUUGUUUAUUCGCGUCUUUGGAAAGCAAAUUUUCGAAGUACAACCAUCAAAUAAAAAGGACACUUAUAUUACUAAAUAUGGAUAUCAUCGAGAUGGAAAUGUUCAUUAUGAAUUUAAUUACAAUGAUUAUCCUCGUCGUUUAAUAAUUCAAGAACGACAUAAUCAAACAAACGAGAGAUUUCAAUUGAUUCCUUCGAAUUGUUUCGAAAAAGAAUUACCGGAUAUAUUUAUCUCGAAUUAUAGUCAUUGGAAGAAUGAAAAUACUGAAGAAAUCGAAUUUCGACCAAUACGUUUUCAAGAUUCGAAUUUUCUUACUGAUAAAGAGUAUACUCUUACAAUCAAAACAGGAUUCAUCACAACCAAAAAUAUGGAAACAACUCAAGUCCUAACCAAUAAAUCAUCAUCUUUCUUUAAAAACUUAUUCGAACGUUAUUUUAUUCGUCUCGAUGACGCACCUUAUGUCUACAUAUUACGAGACAUUAUUCGGCAAAAUGGUGUAAGAAAGUUUGGUGCUUUUUUUCAUAUACAUUUGUCUCGAUUAGGUAUUGCUUUCCGAUAUGACAUCCAACAAAAUGUGAUCACCUCUCGUGAAUAUCCCGAUAUGAAAAUCGAUGAAAAUCAAGGGUUUGAAACAUUAACAGGCUUAAAAUUUGGUCUUCUCCUCUCACCUCUGACUGUCAAUAAUCAACAAAAUAACUCUCAUCUCUGUCGAAAAUUGAUUAUUCCUUACGGACAUCUUCAAAUCGAAAAAACGUCAGAUAAAGGUCAUCAAACUGUUACGAUAGAACGAAAGGCUUCAUCAGGAACAUCACUUCGUCAAUAUUUGGUUUUUAUUUUAAAUGAUCAAUUACAUAUUCUUCAAUCAACUGAUAGUCCAACUGGAUGGCUCUAUUUAGCUUUAUUACAUGCAAUGACAUCCCAUCCUCUACCUGAUCGAUAUACAGGAAUGACGGGAAUGGAACGUGCUUUUCACUUAUUAAAUUCAGCGGGAUCUUGGUCGGAUCAACCAUACGAUUCAAUUUCUCUAGAUAUUCUUUCUCAAAUUGCAAGUUUAUCACCAAAAGCAAAUUAUUAUCCUGAACAACAGACAUGUAUGAUCAAAAUCGAAUGGAAUACUGGAAAUUUACCUUAUUCUAUUCAACAUUUUGGUUAUUAUUUAUUAGCAAAGAAAUUAUAUGAAACAAGUAAACAAUGGGAGUUUAUGUAUCCAACAAAUCCAUCUCAUGCUAUACAGAAAUUGUUUGAAAGCAAGGAAUACAACGAAAAAGUAUUGAUUAAACUCUAUUGGGAUUAUCGAGAUUCAUAUAAUCCAACAGCACGAUUAUCUCCUCAGAUGGAAGCAGAGAUUCGAUCGACAAAUCUAACAAAAUCAUACCAACCCGUAUGGGCAAGUUCGACAUUAUCAAUCGGUAACAAUAAUCCUCUUCGAUUGAUCGAUUAUUUAUAUUCCAGUGGAGAUGUAAAUCUACAAGAUAACUCAUCAUUAAAAUGUUUUCCAUUAUCUCAAUGGUUAUCAGAUCACAAUCAACCGAAAAAUAUCUGGAUUGGUUUAUUUAAAUACAUUGAACAAUUACAAAUCUCACAAACUGCCAAUCAACAAUCUGAAAUCGAACGUUUAGAAAUCCUCUUCGAUUUUCUUUGUUAUAUCUCUCGUAAACAUGAUACUCAACCAUUUUAUUUUCAACUACUCAAAUCAAUUCUAAAAUCAUCUGUAGCAUCACUCCGAACUCUUCCAUAUCCUAAAUUGACUUAUUAUAAAAGUAUCAACGAAACAUCACCUCAACAGCAUCGUAUUGACUUUCCACGAAAACUUUAUCCACAUAAUCGAGAAAAAGCUUUCCAAGAAAUUCGACGUUGUUUUAACAACAAUCAAGAGUAUACAAAUGAUACAUUUCCAAAAUGGGCCAUUAACAGAUGGCAAAUUAAUCAUUUAUUUGAAUCCUGGCGUGCCAAUAAUGUACUUCAUUCAUUUCUAAACAAUAUUCAGUCUCAUCUUCAUUCUGUUACAAUAAUUCCAUUAAAUACUGAAGUGUAUAUCAAUCCUCAAAGUUUUACAAUAGAAUCAUUUGAAAAUCAUUAUCAAAUUAAAAUAAAUUCUCAAAAUAAUCCUAUUCAUCAACAAUUACUUCAAUAUGCCAAAGAAAAAUUCUUGCAUUAUCAUGAUGAUUAUUUCAUUAAACCAAUAAUAUCUACGGAAAUCAAAAAUGAACAGCAGAAGGCCUUCCCUCAAGAAAUAAUUCCUUCGACAGAUCCUCAACUGAAUCCUCUUACUGAUAUUGCUAAGCAUUUUAAAGAAUAUCUUACAGAAAGUUGGACAAAAUUUCAAACGACAAAACAAUAUCAAAGAAAAUAUCCCGAAUUAAACAAAAUUUACAGUGUUCUCCAAUCUUGUUGUCAACAAUCGGCAGAAAUGUUGGGUGAAUUAACGAAAUCAAUUCAAUCAAAUAAUAAAUUAUUAUUUCAAACAGGUUUAAUGAUAAGAAUUUUACCAAUAACAUUAAUAUCUAUCCUUCAAGAAAUCUCUCAAAAAAAUACCGAGAAUGUACCAUCAUUAUUCUUAACAUCUGAUCAACAUACAUUACUCGGUGGUGUGCUUGUUAAUUACGUUAUUGAACAACAAAUUAACCGAGCAAUUCAUCUCCAUAAUCAGGGAAAAUUGGAAGAUUUCGAAAAAGAAAUUUCCAAUGUUCCUCAUACAAAUUGGAUACCUGCCGAGUAUAUUCCAUGGUUAAUUAUGGAAUUAGAAAUGAAUAUAACCAUUCGAGCAAUUCAAAUUCAAGUUGCACGUCAUAUGAUCAAUCCAAAUUCUUCAAACAAUAACAUCGUCAUGCAAUUGAAUAUGGGUGAAGGAAAAACUUCAGUUAUUCUUCCCAUGUUAGCACUUAGUUUAACUUCAUCAUCAUCAAGUUUAGUUCGGAUAAUUGUAUUAAAAUCUUUAUUUCCAAUGAAUUAUCAAUCAUUACGAUGUAAAUUAGGCGGAUUAUUAAAUCGACGUGUUUUACCAUUUUCUUGUCGACGUGAUAUGAAUUUUACGAGUGAACAAGUGAAUCAAAUAUUCACUCGUUUACAACACGGAUUAAAACAUUGUGAUGUGAUGUUAACUUCACCCGAAGAUAUUCUCUCAUUUGACUUACUGACAAUCGAUAAAUGUCGACGACAGGAAUUCAAUGUUGGUCAAUCGAUGUUAUCGAUUCAACAAUGGAGUAAAAUAUAUCUUCGAGAUAUUUUAGAUGAAUCAGAUGAGAUUCUACAUGUGAAAUAUCAAUUAGUUUAUUCAGUUGGUCGACAAGAACAAGUGGAUGGAGGUACAGAACGUUGGAAAACGAUUCAAACGGUUUUGACAUUCGUUAAAAAACAUGCAGCAACUAUUGCAAAACAGUAUGGAGAUGAUGUUUUUUAUAAACCUUCAACUCAUCAAAGUCAUUUUCCGGAAUUUCGUUUAUUAUCCCAUCAACCUUUUCCAACAUUAUGUAAACUUAUUCUUAACGAAUGGCUUAGUCAAAGAAGUUUUCGUCAAAAUGAUUUGCAAGUGAUCGAAUCAUUUAUUUUGAAUGCUAAUUCACCUCUCGAUGAAUUGACUGGUCGAUUUUCUGAUACUAUUAUUCAAUUAUUUCUCAUUCUACGUGGUUUAUUAUCAUCCGAAGUGUUAUGUGUUGCUUUAAAAAGACGUUAUCGUGUGAAUUUUGGUGUGAAUCAAAAUUCGAAAUUCAAUCGUUUAAUGGCUGUACCAUUUCGUGCGAAAGAUGUUGCAGCAGAAAAUACCGAAUUCGGUCAUCCAGAUGUGGCGAUUAUUUUAACUCAGUUGUCGUAUUAUUAUAGUGGUUUAAAUGAUAAACAAAUGAUGCAAUGUUUGAAUCGUAUGAAUGAGGAAGAAGAAGAUCCUGAUGUGAUUUAUGAAGAAUGGAUUUCUCAAGAAGAUAAAACGAAUGAGUUUAUUUCAAAUAUUCAACAUUGGAAAUCAAUUAAUUUAAAAAAUUCUCAACAAUUAACUGAAUAUCUUUUUCCAAGUUUACGUCAGAAUAUUUUAGUUAUUAAUUAUUUUCUUAAUCAUUUCGUUUUUCCUCGAGAAGCCAAACAAUUUCCGCAGAAAUUAAUUGCUUCUGCUUGGGAUUUAUCGUCAUCAAUUUCACGCAAACAAAUCAUCACAGGAUUUAGUGGAACAAAUGAUACACAAUUAUUACUUCCUACUCAUAUCGAACAACGUGAUUUACCGGAUUUACGUCAAACUGAUGCUCUUGUUCUAAAUAAUUUACUUCAAUCUAAAAAUGAAAAUUAUCAAUCUUUACCGAUGAGUCCGACUUCCGAAGAGAUUUUAAAACAGAUUGUCAAUUGUCAAUUAGAUAUUCAAGUUAUACUUGAUGUCGGAGCAUUAUUUAUCGAUGGAACAAAUCAUCAAAUAGCAGAGAAAUGGUUGAAUUUAUUAGAUAAAAAUAAAAUUGAUUAUGCAGUUUAUUUCGAAUUCGAUGAAAUUUUUGUUAUUGAUCGUCUUCAUCGAUGUCAUGCGUUUUCAACAUCACCGGCGAGUGAACGUCUUGAUCGUUGUGUAUUUUAUCUCGAUGAAAUUCAUACACGAGGAACAGAUUUGAAAUUUCCCAAUGACUUUCGAGCAGCAGUAACAUUAGGAAAUGGCUUAACGAAAGAUCGUUUAGUACAAGCAUGUAUGAGAAUGAGAAAAUUAGGCAAAUCUCAUUGGCUAAGUUUUUGGAGUUCAAAUGAAGUUCAUCAUCAAAUUGAAUUAUUAAAAAGAAAUUCAUUAUCAAUGAAUGAAAAAAUUACUCUUGUUGAUAUUCUCCGAUGGGUAUAUGAAAAUACUCAACAAGCAACUUGGGAUGGUUUACAUCAUUGGGCAACACAAAGUUUAAGUUUUCAACGAAAAGUAAAUGCUUUUCAAAAUAUCUAUCAGAAUACUAAUCAUACAAAUACAAUGAUGGAACAGUUAGCGAACGAUUGUUUAGAAGAUGAAAUAUUAGAUUUAAAAUCAAUGUAUGGUCCAGCAAAAAUUUGGCAAACUAUUUUACAAAUUUAUUCUGCUCGAUAUAAAUAUUUUCAGAUUCACUCAUCGACUGAAAUUCAUCAAGCUGUUCUUAAACGUUUACAAGAUUAUGGUGGAUCGAAAAAAUUACUAUCACAAUUAUUAGAUGAAGAACAACAGAGAGAAUUAGAACAAGAACAAGAAAUGGAAGAAGAACGACAACAAAAACGUCCACCAAUUGUUCAACCUUAUGAACCUUUUUGGCACAAGGAAUUUGAAAGUUUAUGUGAUAUGCAAAGUUCUACAAUGGAUUUAUUGAACUUACCUUCAGUAUUCCGUCCUUUAAAAGAUGCUUUUCUUGAUACUAUAUUCCAUCAACACAGUCAAUCUCAUUAUUGGCAAGCAAAUCUUUGGAUUUCGACUGAAUUUCAACAAGUUAUUCAAACACGUGGAGAAUCAUUAGAUCCAUUUCUACGCCCACCAAGAUGGGUGUUCAUCUAUCGAAAUCGAGAUAUGAUUUUUGUUAGUGCUUUCGAAGCUAAUCGGUUGCUAGGUCAAUUGCAGAAGCAGAAACUUGUUCAACCACCAACGACCACAUUACGGCUUCUUCUGCCACGUCUUCAACGUAAUCAAUCGAUUUUCAUUGAUAUUCCACGUCUGACUAUUCCUUCUAAUGCUUUCUCUUCUAUUCCAGUUGAAGUAUUGGCUCAAUUGUUCGUUUUUAAUGGCACUCUCUAUUUCAAUACUGAUGAAGAACAAACCGCUUAUUGUCAAUGUUUAGGUUUGUGUCCAAAACCACGAACAAAACUUGAAGAUGAUGCUUUCGAUAAUGGCUGGAUCGCUCUUGAUGGUUAUGUUGAAAUACCAGGACAUCGUCAACAACUACAACUUCAUCAUUGUCGUUUUCCUUCGAAUCCAUUGGUAUUUGUGAAAAAACUGCUUGAAAAUCGAAAUAGUUCACACGCACCACUGACCUCACAUGUGGGUAGUAUUAUUUUCAAUGCAGUUAAACUCCCAAUAUCAUAA